AUGGCGCUCAAAAUGCUGACCAGGCGCUUGGUGCUCCUGGCGGUAGUAGCUGCUACCGUCACGGCCGCCGCAACAUCCAGCGAGACGUCGUCGUCGUCGUCGACUUCAGCGUCCACGACAACCGCGGAGACAGCAACAGCGACCCCGACGAAACCUGCCGUGCCUGUGCCCGAUGCAGAGCAGCAGGAACGCUUUUCUUCGCUCGCCCUUUUCCUCGUGCUCUCCCUUCUGAUCAUGUCCUUCUGGACAUCAUACUACCUCAGAGUCAAGCGCAUCACCGCCGUGCACGAAACCAUUGUCGGUCUUUUUGCCGGCAUGUUUGUUGGUGUCUGCCUCCGCAUUGGCCCCGGGGAGCAGGUUCAAAAUAUGCUCAGCUUCAGCAACAACAUCAUGCUCAACGUCCUCCUCCCACCCAUCAUCCUCGCCUCUGGAUACGACCUUCGACAGGAAAAUUUCUUCCGCAACUUUGGCACCAUCCUCAUCUUUGCCUUUGCAGGCACGUUCAUAAGCGCCAUCGUCGUUGGUGUGAUUGUCUACCUCUGGUCGCUCCUCCACCUCGAGUCGAUCUCGCUCACGCUGCUCGAAUGUCUCAUCUUUGGCUCCACCUUGAGCGCCACCGAUCCAGUCACCAUCUUGGCCAUCUUCAACACGUACAAGGUCGACCCCAAACUGUAUUCGGUCAUCUUUGGCGAGAGCAUCCUCAACGACGCCGUCUCCAUCGUCAUGUUCGAGACGCUCUCCACCUUCCGCGGCAAGGACAUCUACAUUUCGUCCAUCUUCCACGGUAUCGGCCUCUUCUUGCUCGUUUUCACGCUGUCCAUGCUGCUCGGCGUGUGUUUCGGUCUAGGUUGCUCGCUGCUACUCAAGCACUCACGGCUGAGUUCCUACCCACAACUCGAGUCCUGCCUCGUGGCGCUGAUCGCCUACACAAGCUACUUUUUCAGCAACAGUGUCACUAUGAGCGGCAUCGUCUCGCUUUUGUUCUGCGGUAUCACCCUCAAGCACUAUGCCUACCACAAUAUGUCGCGACGCACGCAGCGAACCACACGAUACACAUUCCAAACGCUCGCCAGCCUCUCGGAGAACUUCAUCUUUAUCUACCUCGGCCUCAGUCUCUUCACGCAGGAGAGCCUGGUGUACAAACCGCUGUUCAUCAUCAUCACCGUUUUUGCUGUGGUGGCAUCCCGAUACUGCGCCGUCUUCCCAAUCGCCAGUGUAAUCAAUGCAUUCAAACGGGCGCGCAACAACCGUCGUGCGCGCGCUGCGGGUGGAGGCGGCGUUCCACGAGGCGAUGGCGAGGAGGAGCUGCCGCGGCAGUACCAGAUCAUGCUCUUCUGGGCCGGGCUGCGCGGUGCGGUCGGCUUUGCGCUCUCGGCAGGUAUCGAAGGGCAGAACGCGAUUGCACUGCAGACGACGGUGCUAGUGACGGUGGUGCUGACGGUAAUCGUAUUUGGAGGUACCACAGCGCAGAUGCUCGAGAUCCUCGGUAUCCGUACGGGAGUGCAGGACGACGAGGGAGAAUCGGACGAGGAGGAGGAAGAAGACGAUGCGAUGCGGUUGAGAGGCAUGCAGAGGAGAUCCUACUUGGAUCCGGCCAGCUACCGCGAUGCAUCGGAGCGUGCUGGCUUAACACGAGGAGGCAACCGAUACGCUUCGAGCGGCAAAGGCGGCUACCGCGACGCUAGCAACAGUUCGAGCCCUCGCGCGUCGCUCAGCCACAGCAGUCCUUUAUACGCACGGGGAAGCGGAAACGGUGCAGGUGGCACCGGUGGAGGCAAACCCGGAGUGCAACGUGGAGGCUUCGCGGAUGAUCUGGACGAGGACGAGGAGGCGUCCAGCUUUUCGUCCGAGGCUCUCGCCUCGAGAUCGUCAACCCCAGGGCUGCCGGCUGGCCUCAACCCACUCAGUUCCGCCAACAACACGGUUCGCUUCAACAACACGCAAGGACUCUCAAACUCGCCUAAAUCGGGCACGCUACCUAGCUUGAGCGAGAUUCGACGCGCGGUGAUCGAAGCGUCUUCUACGGACGGUAGCACGUCGUCGCCGGCAAAGCAGCUACUGGACCGCGCAGGCCUGGUGAUGAAGGACGGACAGUGGUUCCAGGCCAUUGACCAGAAGUACUUGCUCCCACUGUUUAGCAACUCGGUGGCGUCGCGCAAGCAUGAAGAAAAGAAGAUUGCGCGUCUGGCGGCUAGAGACGCGGCGAGCAGGAGCGAGCUGGAUCUGUCGAAUGCGGGCGAUACGAGUGCCGGUGCGAGUGGAGGCAGACGCAACUUCUUCUCGGUUGAGGAAGAGGAUUUGGAAGCAGAGGUGUAUCCUGCAGAGAGGGAUGCGGUGGUGGUGGACGAUGAGGACGAGGACGAGAGCAGCACGCCCGUGUUUGACGCUACGUCGUUUGCUAGCGGUCGGAGGUCGGCCAGUGGAACGCAUACGCCGACGAGGAGGACGUUUAGUCAUGACAAUGAUGGCGGGCAUGGAUUGUAG